GGCAGCCUGCUGGGGGCUGACCUGAUUCCCUAGAAUCCUCAGCUCCCUUCCUCUCUCCUCCGACGUCCUUCCUUCCCUUCUCUCCUCCUUCCCCCCCUUCCUUUCCCUUCCCCAGCGAAGCAGCUGCGAGGAACAAAGAACGCGGGCGCUCCGGGCAGCAGCGCGCAAGCCCCGCGCACGGCGCGCGGCGUCUGGCUCCGCGGAGCUGGGCUCUCCCGGCUCCACGUCCCUCCGCAGCCUCCCCCGCCUCCCGCGCUCGCUCGCUCGCUCCCGCCCGCUCGCCGCCUCCCCCACCUUCUCGGCGCCGGAGGAAGGCGGCCGGGGCUCAAGAUGGCUUUAGCCGGGCUCUGCGCCCUGCUCGCCUGCUGCUGGGGGCCGGCGGCGGUGCUGGCCACGGCCGCCGGCGACGUGGACCCAUCCAAGGAGCUGGAGUGCAAGCUCAAGAGCAUCACGGUGUCGGCGCUGCCCUUCCUGCGCGAGAACGACCUGAGCAUCAUGCACAGCCCCUCGGCCUCCGAGCCCAAGCUCCUCUUCUCAGUGCGCAACGACUUCCCAGGAGAAAUGGUAGUGGUGGACGACCUGGAAAACACGGAGCUGCCCUACUUCGUGCUGGAGAUCUCAGGAAACACAGAGGACAUCCCUCUGGUGCGCUGGAGGCAGCAGUGGCUGGAGAAUGGCACUUUGCUUUUUCACAUCCACCACCAAGAUGGUGCUCCCAGCCUCCCUGGACAAGACCCAACUGAAGAACCUCAGCAUGAGUCAGCAGAAGAGGAAUUGAGGAUCCUGCACAUUUCAGUCAUGGGUGGCAUGAUUGCUCUCCUGCUGUCCAUCCUGUGCCUGGUGAUGAUCCUGUACACUCGCCGGCGCUGGUGCAAGCGCCGCCGGGUACCCCAGCCCCAGAAGAGCGCCAGCGCUGAGGCAGCCAACGAGAUUCACUACAUUCCCUCGGUGCUGAUUGGCGGGCACGGGCGGGAGAGUCUGCGCAACGCCCGCGUGCAGGGCCACAACUCCAGCGGCACCCUGAGCAUCCGGGAGACCCCCAUCCUGGACGGCUAUGAGUACGACAUCACGGACUUGCGCCACCACCUGCAGAGGGAGUGCAUGAACGGAGGGGAGGACUUUGCCAGCCAGGUCACCCGCACCCUCGAUUCCCUGCAGGGCUGCAACGAGAAGGCCGGGAUGGACCUCACACCAGGAAGCGACAACGCCAAGCUGUCGCUGAUGAGUAAGUACAAAGAUAACAUCAUCGCCACCAGCCCCGUGGAUUCCAACCACCAGCAAGCCACCUUGCUCUCGCACACCUCCAGCAGCCAGAGAAAGCGGAUCAACAACAAGGCGAGAGCUGGUUCCGCUUUCCUGAACCCCGAAGGAGACUCUGGCACUGAGACGGAAAACGACCCCCAGCUGACCUUCUACACCGACCCCUCGAGGAGCCGGAGGCGCAGCAGAGUGGGCUCCCCCCGAAGUCCUGUGAAUAAGACCACCUUGACGCUGAUCAGCGUCACCAGCUGUGUGAUUGGCCUCGUGUGCUCCUCCCACGUCAGCUGCCCCCUCGUUGUCAAAAUCACCCUGCAUGUCCCCGAGCACCUGAUCGCCGAUGGGAGCCGCUUCAUCUUGCUGGAGGGGAGCCAGUUGGAUGCCAGUGACUGGCUGAACCCAGCCCAAGUGGUGCUCUUCUCUCAGCAGAACUCCAGUGGGCCCUGGGCCAUGGACCUCUGUGCCCGGCGGCUCCUGGACCCCUGUGAACACCAGUGUGACCCCGAAACUGGUAGGCAGGAGCACCGGGCAGCGGGGGAAUGCCUUUGCUACGAGGGUUACAUGAAGGAUCCAGUACACAAGCAUCUUUGCAUUCGGAAUGAAUGGGGCACAAACCAGGGGCCUUGGCCUUACACGAUAUUUCAGCGGGGCUUUGACCUGGUUUUGGGAGAACAACCUUCUGAUAAAAUAUUCAGAUUCACCUACACCCUUGGGGAGGGCAUGUGGUUGCCCCUCAGCAAGAGUUUUGUGAUCCCACCAGCUGAACUGGCCAUCAACCCUUCAGCGAAGUGCAAGACGGACAUGACAGUGAUGGAGGAUGCCGUGGAGGUCAGAGAGGAGCUGAUGACCUCGUCCUCCUUUGACAGCCUGGAGGUUCUCCUAGAUUCCUUUGGGCCAGUGCGCGACUGCAGCAAGGACAACGGGGGCUGCAGUAAGAACUUCCGGUGCAUCUCAGACCGCAAGCUGGACUCCACUGGUUGCGUGUGCCCGUCCGGACUGAGCCCCAUGAAGGACAGCUCUGGCUGCUAUGACCGCCACAUUGGGGUGGACUGCUCAGACGGCUUCAAUGGCGGCUGCGAGCAGCUGUGUCUCCAGCAGAUGGUGCCCUUCCCGGACGACCCCACCUUGUACAACAUCCUCAUGUUCUGCGGGUGCAUCGAGGAUUACAAGCUUGGCGUGGAUGGACGCUCCUGCCAGCUCAUCACGGAGACCUGCCCAGAGGGCGGUGACUGUGGGGAAAGCAGGGAGCUUCCCAUGAACCAGACCCUCUUUGGGGAAAUGUUCUUUGGUUACAACAACCAUUCCAAGGAAGUCGCUGCUGGGCAAGUGCUGAAAGGAACAUUCAGGCAAAACAACUUUGCUCGAGGUUUAGACCAGCAACUACCAGAUGGUCUUGUGGUGGCCACUGUCCCCCUGGAGAAUCAGUGCCUGGAGGAAAUCUCAGAGCCCACCCCCGACCCUGACUUCCUGACGGGGAUGGUGAACUUCAGUGAGGUGUCUGGAUACCCCGUGCUGCAGCACUGGAAGGUCCGGUCUGUGAUGUACCACAUCAAACUCAACCAAGUGGCCGUCUCUCAGGCCCUCAACAACGCGCUCCACUCCCUGGAUGGGGCUACAUCUCGUGGGGAUUUUGUGGCCCUACUGGACCAGUUUGGCAACCACUACAUCCAGGAAGCUAUCUACGGCUUUGAGGAGUCCUGUUCCAUCUGGUACCCAAACAAGCAGGUCCAGCGGCGACUCUGGUUGGAAUAUGAAGACAUCAGCAAAGGCAACUCUCCAUCCGAUGAGUCGGAGGAGCGGGAAAGAGACCCCAAGGUGCUGACGUUCCCAGAAUACAUCGCCAGCCUGUCAGAGUCUGGCACCAAGCGCAUGGCAGCUGGGGUCCGCAUGGAGUGCCAGAGCAAAGGACGAUGCCCCUCAUCCUGCCCCCUGUGCCAUGUGACAUCCAGCCCUGACACUCCUGCUGAGCCAGUUCUGCUGGAGGUGACCAGAGCAGCCCCCAUCUAUGAAUUGGUGACCAACAACCAGACCCAGAGGCUGCUGCAGGAGGCCACCAUGAGCUCUCUGUGGUGCUCAGGGACUGGAGAUGUCAUCGAGGACUGGUGCCGAUGUGACUCCACCGCGUUCGGAGCUGACGGACUCCCCACCUGUGCGCCUCUCCCUCAGCCCGUGCUGAGACUCUCCACAGUUCAUGAGCCCAGCAGCACCCUUGUGGUCCUGGAGUGGGAACACUCGGAGCCUCCAAUCGGGGUGCAGAUUGUAGAUUACCUCAUCCGUCAAGAAAAGGUCACUGACAGGAUGGACCACUCCAAAGUGGAGACAGAAACAGUGCUGAGCUUUGUGGAUGAUAUCGUCUCUGGAGCCAAGGCCCCUUGUGCCAUGCCCUCUCAGGUGCCAGACAAGCAGCUCACCACCAUCUCUCUGAUCAUUCGAUGCCUGGAACCCGACACCAUCUACAUGUUCACCCUGUGGGGCGUGGACAACACCGGACGGCGCUCCAGGCCCAGUGAUGUGAUCGUGAAGACCCCUUGCCCUGUGGUGGAUGAUGUCAAAGCCCAAGAAAUAGCAGACAAGAUCUACAAUCUCUUCAAUGGCUACACCAGCGGGAAGGAGCAGCAGACAGCCUAUAACACGCUCCUGGAUCUGGGUUCUCCUACCCUACACCGCGUCCUCUACCACUACAACCAGCACUAUGAGAGUUUUGGAGAAUUCACGUGGCGGUGUGAGGACGAACUGGGCCCCAGGAAAGCUGGCCUCAUCCUUUCCCAGCUGGGGGACCUCAGCAGUUGGUGCAAUGGCCUCCUUCAGGAACCCAAGAUAGGCUUGCGACGUGGCUCCCUUAAGUACCUGGGCUGCCGCUACAGUGAGAUCAAGCCCUAUGGACCUGACUGGUCAGAGCUCAGCCGGGACCUCAGGAAGACGUGUGAGGAGCAGACCCUGAGCGUCCCUUACAACGACUACGGGGACAGCAAAGACAUCUAGCGCCAUGAUGCCAGACGGUGUGGCUGCCAACAGGAAGCAGGAGAGAGGAGAGGAACAUCUGGGUUGGUUUGUGGAGUUUUAGUAUUUUUUAAUGGAACAUUAAAACCUCUAAACCAGG